AUGAGAUUAUUAUUCGGUGUGCUUACCGUUCUAUCGGCGCUGGCAGGGAUGGGCGGCGCCAUUUUUCAGGGUGGCGUACUGGAUCUGAACUUCUUUCGCUGCAUGUGGACGAAGAACUACGAGUGCCCGCACGAGGACAUAAAGUUUUUCCUCUACACACCCACCUUUCGGAAGGGCCGGAUCAUCGAUAUGAACGAACCAAAGUCCAUCUUCAAGGUCGGCUUCAAAACGAACCAACAGACGGCGAUAAUCAUCCACGGGUUCAAUGGAACACAGACGAGCCGGCAUAUCAUGUUCCUAAAAGAUGCCUACCUUUCGCGUAAGUUCAACGUUUUCGCAGUCGAUUGGGAGGUGUUGUCACAGUAUCCGUGCUAUUUUUCUUCGCUAUCGAACACAAAGCUGGUGGCCCAGUGUACCGCACAGCUUUAUUCCUUUCUUACGUUCGCCGGCUGUACCAGCAAGCAGAUCACAUGCGUGGGCCAUUCGCUCGGUGCCCACAUUUGUGGGAUGAUGAGUAACCAUCUGACGAAGAAGCAAUACAAAAUUAUAGGUCUCGAUCCCGCACGGCCAUUGAUUGAGAAGCACGCGUCGAAAAAGUUUCGCCUAACGCGAGAAGAUGCACGCUCGGUACAGAUAAUACACACGAACGCCGGCCUGCUUGGGCAAAGCUCGUUUACCGGACGGGUGGACUUUUGCAUCAACGGUGGACAGGUGCAGCCGUACUGUGAGGGUGACCGAAUAAAACAAGCUCGAUGUAGUCACUUUUUGAGCGUGUGCUAUCUUGCCAACGCGAUUCUAGCGGCCAGACCGAUGCGAGCGUUCCGUUGUCCGUCCGGAUGCGUGCCCGACAAUCGGAUACCCUUCGUGAAGUCGAACCGAGUGCGCAUGAAAUGGCUUACCGUCGGGCAGGACACACCGGGAAACGUCACUGGAGGAUACUGUGUGCAUAUGGAGCAAACCAUGAACUGUCCGUUUAACUAA